UUGGGUGACUUGGGGCUAAUAUGGAAUCUUGGUUGCUAUUUGUGUUUGUUAUAAUAAAUAUCCUCGUUGCUAAGGAUAAUAAAGGGAUCGUUGUUGGGAGUGAUAAUAAUGAUGAAGUAAGCUUUGAGGAGCACUAUGAGGUUAUGUAUGGGGAUGACCAUGUUGUGUUGCCCUCCGACCGAGCAAAUCAACUUCAGCUCUCCAUGGAUAAUUCUUCAGGAUCCGGGUUUGGAUCAAAGAUGACCUAUGGUUCAGGAUUCUUCCACAUGAGGAUCAAAGUGCCAGGUGGAGAUACUUCCGGAGUUGUAACUGCUUACUAUCUGAGUUCACAUGGCGAUCAUCACGACGAGAUAGACUACGAGUUCUUGGGAAAUAAAGAAGGAGGGCCCCACACAUUACAGACCAAUAUAUACGUAGAUGGCAAUGGUGGUAGAGAGCAAAGGCUUCAUCUUUGGUUUGACCCUUCUCAGGGUUUUCACAAUUAUUCCAUUCUUUUCAAUCAGCAUCAGAUUGUAUUUUUUGUGGACAGAGUUCCCAUUAGGGUAUACAAGAACAAGACUGAUAUAGGAGCAGGAUACCCAACAAAGGCAAUGAGAAUAGAAGCAACAUUGUGGGAUGGAAAUAACUGGGCAACAAAUGGAGGCAAAAGCAAAGUGAAUUGGGACUAUGCUCCUUUCCAAGCUUCCUUCAAAGACUUUGGUGUUAGAGGCUGUGAAGUUCAAACCUUUUCAUCAUCAUCAAACCUUCAAGAUUGUUUCUCUGACAGGUUCUCUUGGAACAGACAGAAGUUUUGGCAGCUAGAUCCUACAAGGCAGACCUUGUAUGAAAAUGUGCAGAAAACUUAUGUCACCUAUGAUUAUUGUGAUGAUUCGCCUAGGUUUUCUACACGUCCUAAAGAAUGCUAAUUAUUCGCUACGAAUCUAGUUUUUACUGUAACCAGUAGUGCGAGUUUCAAACAUUACACGAAGCAUAGGGAACAAGUCAUACUGCUUUCA